GGUUUGUAAUUAAGCGAUGCAGGUCCUCUUUUAUUUAGGAUGAGAGAGAGGAGGACGAUAACAACGGGGCGAAUGGUUUCGUUCUUUUGAGGAUCAUUUAGGAAGGCACACCAAAUUUCGAAAUGGUCAAUGAGGCCAUUGUUCAAGAAGGAUGGCCUUAUGAGUUUGGUACAUCUGGGUUCUGUGAAACCUGGCCGGUAGCCCAAGACAUUCAACAUUCAUACUGUGGCAUCCAUGAGGAGAUCCGCCUGUUCCUGUGGUUGACCUCGUGUAUUUAUCGGCGGUGGUGGUUGACAUUGGCGGGGGAGGACAAGGAGUAGCUUGCCCAAUAGGAUAAGUUAUGCAGCACUACUCAGCCAUCUCAAGAAGCCUUGAUCUUCCGGUGCUAUAUGAAUUGCUAGAUCAGAAAGGCUCAAGU